AACUACUAAACACUAAAUUAUCAAUCCGCUCUCUUCUCAAAAAAAAAAAUCGACUCUAAAAUCAAACUCUCUCAAAGCUCCCCAAAAAAACCCUAGUUCUGAAUGGAAUCGGCGGAUUCCGGACGAUCCGAUCCGGUAAAAGGAGACGACCCGGGUCCAUCUUUCGUCUCUUCACCACCAGCUACACCUAGCAGGUAUGAGUCACAGAAGCGACGCGACUGGAACACGUUCUUGCAGUACCUCAAGAACCACAAGCCGCCUCUCGCGUUGUCACGGUGUAGCGGAGCGCAUGUGAUCGAGUUUCUCAAGUACCUCGACCAGUUCGGUAAGACCAAAGUCCACGUGGCGGCUUGUCCUUACUUCGGCCAUCAGCAACCUCCGUCUCCUUGCUCAUGCCCUCUCAAGCAAGCUUGGGGAUCUCUCGAUGCUUUGAUCGGACGGUUGAGAGCUGCCUACGAGGAGAACGGUGGACGGCCGGAUUCUAACCCGUUCGCCGCACGUGCGGUUCGGAUUUACUUGAGGGAAGUCAGAGAGAGUCAGGCAAAGGCUCGUGGGAUUCCUUACGAGAAAAAGAAACGGAAACGGCCGCCAACUGUCACCACCGUUAGAGUUGACGUCGCUUCUUCGAGACAAAGUGACGGAGACCCUUGUAACGUCGGUGCUCCAUCUGUUGCCGAGGCCGUACCGCCUUAGAUCGAAUUAUAUAUAAUAUUAUAGUUUUCUUGAUUAAUGAUAUAUAUAUACUUAUCUCUAUGUAUGUAUGGAACUCACUUCAUCUUUUGUUCCUUAGUACCUAAUUAUUAAAUUUUGUUCCUUUUGAGUUGAUCUGAAACUAUGCUAAGACGCUACAACGGAGGUUUUUUGUUUUCCUGUGGAUCUCGGAUGCAUUAAGUUCUUGAAUUUUGAAUUCUUAUAUAAAAUGCGGACCACACAGUUUCAACUU